AUGUCUAAAUCGUCCAAUUUUAGCGAAGAUCAAAUGCCGAAAAAAAAACCGAAUAUCUCGAAAAUUGCACGUGAAUUCGACGUAUCUCGUGAAACCCUCAAUUCACGCAUCAAAAAGGCUAAAUCGUCUCCUACUCCAAAGGAUUCGCAUCGGAACAAUCUCCGUGCGUUCCAGGAGAAGGCCUUGAUCAACUGGAUCGUGAAAAUGCAUAGUUGGAAUCUUCCUCCUACUGCUGCAGUUAUAGAAGCGUGGGCAAAUCAAGCGCUUUCCCGAGCUGGUCAAGAAAAACAGGUUAGCAAGAUGUGGGCCUAUCGUUUUAUCGAACGCCUUCCAAAACAUCUACAACUAGCACCAGUAAAACAGAAAACCAAAGAAUUGAAACGAAUUCAAGCGGAAGAUGCUGGUUUUCUUGCUCAUUGGUACGAUCAGCUUGAAUUUCUCCUCCGAGAUGUUCCUGCACGGCUAGUUUACAACUUCGACGAAUGCGGUUUCCAACCUGGUCAAGGUCGAUCUCGAAACGUUAUUGGAUCUUCGUCAUCUUGUCCUAAUUUGGCUGAAUCUGAACGAGGCGAAAAUAUUACUGCAGUUGAAUGCAUUGCAGCCGAUGGAUGGUUAAUGGAUCCGUUGUUUAUCUUUAAAAGCACGGGUAACUUCAUGGAAGCGUGGUUUGAUGGUAGCGAUAAUCUUCCACUCAAUUCCGCUGCUGCAAUAUCGCAAAAUGGUUGGAUAACUGAUGAAUUAGCCCUUGCUUGGCUAGAUCAUUUUAUCGCUGCUACUGCUACUUCCGACCGGUUAAAAAGUGGUGAAAAACGGUAUCUUUUAUUCGAUGGUCAUGGUGCACAUCUUACCCUUGAAUUCCUUCAAAAAUGUGAACAAAAUUCGAUUAUUCCAUUUGCAUUUUUACCACAUUCGACUCAUAUCUAUCAACCACUUGAUGGAAAGCCAUUUUUGAAUUAUAAACAACAAUUUCGGCUUAUGAAUAAUGAGUUAUCAUUCUAG